CGCUUCAAUCGGCUUAGGUGGGCAUCCCGGCAGCCGCCACCGCGCUGCUGGGUAAGCGUCCGCGGCCCUUCCCCCGAACUAGGCAGGCCUCUCGCCGAAGGCUGGACGACCUGGGCGGGUCACGUGCUCGCCAGGACCCGGGCCCUCGGGCGGGAGCGGAGGGCGCGGCUGGGGGCGCUCGGGGGCGGCCGCGGGGCGGUGCUGCGCCCCUGCACCCUGCCUGGCCGCCGGGCCCCAGGCUGUCCGCCGCGGGCGCUGCGUCGGCUGGGAGUCGCCGCCGGCCGCGGAGCUCAGGAUGCAGUGCUUCGGCGCCGAGUACCCGGUUUCUGGAGAGAGAACCGCCAGGCAGAGAGAGUGGAGACCUCAAAUUUAUAGGAAAUGCACAGAUCCGACCUGGUUAUUUGUGUACUUUCUCUUUUGGACUGGUUGGGUGUUCAUCAUGGGCUACUCGGUGGCAGCGGGAGCUGCGGGGAGACUCCUCUUCGGCUAUGACAGCUUUGGCAACGUGUGUGGCAAGAAGAACUCUCCCGUAGAAGGGGCGCCUCUUUCAGGGCAGGACAUGACCCUAAAAAAACAUGUCUUCUUUAUGAAUUCCUGCAACCCGGAUGUCAAGGAUGUGAGGCUCAGUUCCACCGUCCUCUGCAUAUCCAGCUGUCCUGAAGAGCAGCUUGACACCCUGGAAGAGGUCCAGCUCUUUGCCAACAACAAUGGGUCCUUCCUGUGUGUUUACAGUUUGAAUUCCGUCAACUACACCCAGAAUCCAGAUGCAGAGUCAUUGUGUCCUAGGCUACCAGUUCCCCCAAGCAAGUCUUUUCCCUUGUUUAACCGAUGCAUUCCUCAAACACCUGAAUGUUAUUCCUUGUUUGCAUCUGUUUUCAUAAAUGAUGUUGAUGCCCUCCAUCGAAUUCUAAGUGGAAUAAUGUCUGGAAGAGACACAAUCCUUGGCCUGUGUAUCCUCGCAUUAGCCUUGUCUUUGGCCAUGAUGUUCACCUUCCAGUUCAUCACCGUCCUGCUGAGUCACAUCUUCAUUGCGUUGGUUGUUCUGGGAUUGUUGUUUGUCUGCGGUGUCUUAUGGUGGCUAUAUUAUGACUAUACCAACGACCUCAGCACAGAAUUGGACACAGAAAGGGAAAAUAUGAAGUGUUUGCUGGGGUUUGCUAUUGUAUCCACAGUGAUCACGGCAGUUUUGCUCGUCUUGAUUUUUGUCCUCAGAAAGAGAAAAGAAUUGGCAGUUGAACUUCUCCAAGUCACAAAUAAAGCCAUCAGGAGCUCUCCUUUCCUGCUGCUCCAGCCACUGUGGACAUUUGCCAUCCUCGUUUUCUUCUGGGUCCUCUGGGUGGCUGUGCUUUUGAGCCUGGGAACUGCAGGAGCUGCGCAGGUUAUUGAAGGUGGCCAAGUGGAAUAUAAGCCUCUUUCGGGCAUUCGAUAUAUGUGGUGGUACCACUUAAUUGGCCUCAUCUGGACUAGUGAAUUCAUCCUUGCGUGCCAGCAAAUGACUAUAGCUGGGGCCGUGGUUACUUGUUAUUUCAACAGAAAUAAAAAUGACCCUCCUGAUCACCCAAUCCUUUCAUCUCUGUCCAUUCUUUUCUGCUACCAUCAAGGAACAGUUGGAAAAGGGUCAUUUUUAAUCACUGUGGUGAGGAUCCCAAGAACCAUUCUCAUGUACAUGUGUACCACUCUGAAAGGGAAGCAGCGUAGCGCAUGGUCAAGGUGCACGUUCAGAUGCUGCUUCUGCUGUUUCUGGUGUCUUGACAAAUGCCUGUGCCACCUCAACCAGAAUGCAUACACUACAACUGCCAUUAAUGGGACAGAUUUUUGUACAUCAGCAAGAGAUGCGCUCAAACUCUUAUCCAGGAAUCCAAGUCAUUUUACAUCUGUUAACUGUUUUGGAGAAUUCAUCAUUUUUCUAGGAAAGGUGUUAGUGGUGUGUUUCACCGUUUUUGGGGGACUGAUGGCAUUUAACUACAACCGUGCUCUCCAGGUGUGGGCAAUCCCUCUGCUAUUGGUUGCUUUUUUUGCCUACUUAGUAGCCCAUAGUUUUUUAUCUGUGUUUGAAACCGUGCUGGACGCACUUUUCCUGUGUUUUGCUGUUGAUCUGGAAACAAAUGAUGGAUCAUCAGGAAAGCCCUACUUUAUGGAUCAAGAGUCUUUGAAUUUUGUAAAAAGAAUCAACAAACGAAGUGACACAAAGGCACAGAGAGACAAGAACUCAUUAAGGAGUGAAGAGGGGACAGAACUCCGGCCCAUGUGUGACAGGCGCUCAUGAGGUAUCUGUACCUGGAAAAAGUUGCCCUUUAAAAGCCAUUCAAAGAGAGAGACCUGAACUUCAUUGUUUCUGUCCUUAUUGUUUGACCACGUUACAACACUAGAUCCAUAAAAGUUUACAACCUUUUUUGUACCAGCUGGCCAGGAAAACUUUUGAAGACCAUGUUCAUAUGCAUCAAUGAAAAAGCACACUAUGUAAAGAUUCCCUUCAGGGCACCAAGGACAAGAACCCUCCUCACUCACAACCAAUAAAUAAACCUCAGCAGAAAUCUUUGGAAUGCGGUCA